UCUUAUUCAAAAAAACAUUCAUACACUCUAACACACACCCUCUCUGUCUCUCAAGCUUGCUCUCUCUCUUUCUCUCUCUCUCCCCCCCUCUCCACUCAAAAUAUAUAGAAAAAUAAAUUAAAUUAAGUACAAAAAAGAAAAAAAAUAAAAAAUCGAGAUAGUAGAAAGCUUGAUCAGAUCAGAAACAGUUCGCAGUUUCCUGCGUUUAAUUCUUUUUUUCUUGUUUUUGCUUUGGAUUUCUUAAUCAAAAGCCGAAGAUUGAAAGGGAAAAAAAUGCGCUUGAUCUGUUUUCAGUUUCGUUCCGAACAGUUCCGAGAAGAUAGGUGCUUGGAUGGGAUGGGCAGCUGCACUACAGAGUAUUUGGUGGAUAGCAAAUACUAGAAUCUUGAACAUUUACCUGGCUGAGUUAUGGCAUCAGCAAGCCUAGGAAAUGGAGGAGUAGGUAGUUCCAGGUCUGUCAAUGGUUUCAAAAGUUCAUCCAGUUCAGUUGAUUGGCUGGGGAGAGAAAUGCUUGAUAUGAGAUUGAGGGACAAGGUGGACCAUGAUGAAGACAGAGAUAGUGAACCAGAUGUAGUUGAUGGAGUGGGUGCUGAAACUGGGCAUGUGAUAAGAACUACCAUUGGUGGUCGAAAUGGUCAAUCAAAGCAGAAUGUUAGUUAUAUUGCUGAGCAUGUGGUUGGAACUGGUUCCUUCGGUGUUGUUUUCCAAGCAAAAUGUCGGGAAACUGGAGAAAUUGUUGCCAUCAAGAAGGUUCUUCAAGACAAGCGCUACAAGAAUAGAGAGUUGCAGAUAAUGCAAAUGCUAGACCAUCCAAAUAUUGUGUCCCUUAAGCAUUAUUUUUUCUCAAAAACAGACAAGGAAGAACUCUACCUUAAUCUCGUACUUGAGUAUGUUCCUGAAACUGUUAAUCGUACAGCAAGAUCCUACAGCAGGAUCAACACGCGAAUGCCUUUAAUAUAUGUUAAACUCUAUACCUAUCAGAUUUGCAGAGCACUUGCCUAUAUACACAACUGCAUUGGUAUAUGUCACCGCGACAUCAAACCUCAGAACUUACUUGUGAAUCCACAUACACAUCAGCUGAAGCUUUGUGAUUUCGGGAGUGCAAAAGUGCUGGUGAAGGGAGAACCAAAUGUUUCUUACAUCUGCUCGAGAUAUUAUCGUGCUCCAGAACUCAUAUUUGGUGCUACUGAAUACACAACUGCUAUAGAUAUAUGGUCUACUGGUUGUGUGAUGGCUGAACUGCUUCUUGGACAGCCAUUAUUUCCUGGUGAAAGUGGGGUCGACCAACUGGUUGAAAUCAUUAAGGUUUUGGGGACUCCAACAAGGGAGGAGAUCAAGUGCAUGAACCCAAACUACACUGAAUUCAAGUUCCCCCAGAUAAAGCCACAUCCAUGGCAUAAGGUCUUCCAAAAGCGCUUACCUCCGGAAGCAGUAGACCUUGUCUGUAGGUUCUUUCAGUACUCUCCCAAUUUGCGAUGCACUGCUGUAAGUACCCCCAUUCAUCCUUUCUGGCUUCCCAUGAGUAGUAAAGCUAAAGCAUCAUUCCUAAUCAGCUUUUUGUUUUUCCCUCAUUUUCCAUAUCCGUGUCUGCUUGUGAUGGUAAUACUACUGCAGUUAGAGGCUUGCAUUCACCCUUUCUUUGAUGAAUUGAGGGACCCGAACACUCGCCUCCCCAAUGGCCGCCCGCUUCCACCACUCUUCAAUUUUAAGCCUCAAGAACUCUCCGGCAUCCCUCCUGAAGUCGUCAAGAAACUUAUUCCGGAGCAUGCUCGUAAGCAGAAUUUAUUCAUGGCUCUGCAUACUUAGCAAACUAUUCCAAGUUUCUUAUUGCUUCUACCUAGCCCAUCCCACGCCAUUUUGAUAUGUAUCAACAUAUGUAUAAAAAAAAUACCCUUGGAUCGUCUCCCAGUCAUGGUUCUAGUAAGAACAGAGUGCUUGAAAAACAGAUUUACUCAUUAGAACGACAACGGAGAAAACCAAGGCUUUGGUUGCUGCUGGUGAAGCUCUGUUUUUGUGGUUUAUUUCUUUUUUUUAAAAAAAAAAAACCAAAAAACAAAAGACAAUUCUAUAACUUUUGAUGUAUAUUUAUUUCUGAUCCCCCUCUUUUGGGAGGUUUUAGUUGAAAAAAAGAUUAAAAAAUGGUGAGAAUGUAUGUAUUUUUUACCCUGUGCUGAAAA